UAAUCACCGUGCUGGGUGAUAAGUAGUGGAUCAAAGGGAGGCACGAAAAAAGCCUAGAACAAGGAGAGUCAUCUACGUCUCAUCAGAGGAAUUCCUCCAUGGUGGAGUCAGGCCAAGGCACUGACAGAAAUGCUAGCUGGUUAUUAUGACACUGGCUUCGGAGUACAGAGAUUUUAUUUGCACCCUUCAGAGUGUCUCCGUCUUUGAUCAGAAAUGGCACUGGACCACAGGGGAGCAUUUCGCGCAUCGAUUUUACUGACUUGUGUGAUAAUCUGCAAUAACGUGCUGUGUCCCGUCCUCGGCUAUCUCUACAACAACCGCUACGCAGGUGAUCAGGUCUUCAAGAUCACCCCGAGAAAUGAUGAGGAGGUCCGAACCCUAAAGGAAAUUCUCGGACACAUGAAGGUGGAUUUCUGGCAGCCCAACAGUGCUUCUCUAAUCUGUCACAAUGCCACAGUGGAUGUCCACGUGAAACAUAACGACACACAAGGUUUACACACACGCUUGAAGCAGGAAAAUAUUGAUAAUCAGGUAUUUAUCUCCAAUCUACAGAAGGAAAUUGAAAAGCAGUCAGGAUAUCGCUCCUCUCGCAAGCGGAGGUCAGAGGCUCAGUAUGACUACGAGGUUUACCACUCUCUGGAAGAGAUCCAGAGCUGGAUGUUUAGGAUGAACACAACCCACCCCAAUUUGGUUGACAUGUUCUCUGUUGGGAAGUCAUAUGAAGGAAGACCGCUUUAUGUGCUUCAGCUAGGAAAGAAACGUCGUCUCCAGAAGAAAGCUGUGUGGAUCGACUGUGGUGUUCACGCCAGAGAGUGGAUAGGACCGGCCUUCUGCCAGUGGUUUGUCAAAGAGGCUAUCAGCUCAUACCAAUAUGACUCUGUGAUGACAAGACUACUGAACCAGCUCAACUUCUACAUCAUGCCUGUCUUUAAUGUGGAUGGAUAUCGUUUCAGCUGGACUACGGAUCGGUUCUGGAGGAAGACACGGUCCAAAAAUCACAAGUUCCACUGCAGAGGAGUGGACGCAAACAGAAACUGGAAAGUAAAAUGGUGUGAUGAAGGUGCCUCUUCUCAUCCGUGCGAUGACACGUAUUGCGGUCCCUUCCCCGAAUCUGAACCUGAAGUCAAAGCUGUCGCUAAGUUCCUGCGCAAGCACAAGAAGCGUGUGGAAGCAUACAUAUCCAUUCAUGCCUAUGCACAAAUGCUGCUUUACCCAUAUUCCUACAAGUAUGCCACAAUCCCCAACUUCAACUGUGUGGAGUCAGCAGCUCACAAUGCAGUGACAGCCUUGUACUCUGCCUAUGGCGUGAGGUACAGAUACGGACCUGCCUCCACAACUCUGUAUGUCAGCUCAGGAAGCUCUAUCGACUGGGCAUACAGGAACGGGAUCCCCUACGCGUUUGCGUUUGAGUUGAGGGAUACGGGAUAUUUUGGUUUCCUUCUGCCCGAAUCACUAAUAAAGCCAACCUGCACUGAAACUAUGAGAGCCGUGAAAGCCAUCGCAUCAGGUCUGCUGAAGAAGUGCAAGACAGAUAGGGAGAAAUUUCCAUAUAUAUGACCGCACCCUCCGAGUUACCUAUCUCAGCACCUAAUAUUUUCCUGAGAUUUCAUAUUCCGCUCAGAUGUUAUCAGGUGGCGAACCGACAAAGAUCCUCAGAGCGUGAAUUUGAAUUUGUCGUUCAUCUUAUUCUCCUUUUUCUGAUAAGAGCUGAUGGUGAUGCAUUUUUGUGUGCAAAAAAACAAACACUAAAAAAACUUGAACCCUACAGGGUCUUUUAAGUAAUGCAUCUUUAAAAAAAAAAGGGGUUAUUUUUUACAGUGAAUAGUGGUCAUGUGAUCACUUAUUAUGCUACAGCAGCACUUUUAUGGUAAAGAUAAAGCUAAUUUUUUUUAUGUCUUCCAAAAUGUGCUUUAUUAAAUACAAGAUUAAAAAAAACAACAUCUUUAAGCCUGUUUUUAUUCUGAUUGUUUUUUUUUUCUAGGAAAUAUUCUUACCAAGUGCCACUCUAGAUUUUCAUAAAAUGCAUAAAAACCUUUAUUACUAAUAAUAAAUAUGCUCAAAGUGGUUACAAACUAGCACAAAGCAUAUGUAUAAAUUUCAGUGUAGAUCUUUUUGAUACCAUUUUUCUCUCUCUUUCAUUUGGUUCAGACUGACAUUUAGAAAGAAUGACCUGUGACCUCAGCAGCUUACUGUGUCAUUACUCAGGCAUGGAAAAAGACAGUGUCUGAAAUGUUUACUUGUGCUCGGCUAUGUUCUUAUCAUGAGAUCUUUUUAAGUGUCUGACCUGAA